UUAUUCAGUAGGUGGCCCUCACUCCUCUGCACCAUGUUCCUUCACAUGACUUGCUCCUUCCAUCCAGCACUUCUUGCCGUUGGUCUCACUCUGUCCCUCUUUUCUGUGUAAGUCCUUCCCUGUGGCUAGUAAAACAAAUGUUGACUGUUGAGAUGCAGGUUAGGCAGAUUUGGUCUCAGCUUAAAAGAUUUGUAUUCAACACCGAGGCUAAAAUGGACAGACUUAAAAUACUUAAUUUUCAGGAUUGUGAAUCAAUUUACGAGUAAUGAAAACUUAGAGGAGUAAUGAUUCAUAGUUAAGGAUAGAUCUCAAUAACAGAACUUUAUGUAUAAAAUGUUAUAUUGGUUACAUAUACUCCAAAAAUUAAUCAUACCCUAAGAAAUAUUAUACGCUCUUCUGACAUAAAGUUAGUAACUUUUCUAAUCAAAUUUUAUUUUCUUUCAGAUCCUAUCACAUAGGACAGUAUGUACCUUCAGAUCCUGAAGAAAAGGCGCAAAAUGUUCAAGUAAUGUUUCAAAAUAAUUUGUGAGGUAAGUGUGUGGUUCUUUAUUUAGGUGUAUGGCACUGGUGGCAUACUAUUGAAAAGGCCAUACGGGCCGUACAGAAGGGUAAUGGUGAUAAGGAAAUACUUCUCUCCACCUACUGUCAUUGGUUUGGUUACCACCUGUCCCAGAAGGAGAGCGUACUUAGGGGUGGGGCGGGGCUCCAGGAAGUGACUGUUAAAUUAUUAGCAAGUAUUGUAAGACGAGGUGAACGCUCAGUGUAAAUGUGAUGGAAAGUAUUUGCUUGUACGACUGUCCCCGUAAAUAAUGGAGAUGUGCAGUGUAGCUUUCAAGUUCUGGGAAACCGGGCUUUAUUUUACAUAAGGACAAGCAACUUAGGUUCAGGAGUGUAGACAAAAUCCCAUUAAAUCGGCCGUAAAAGUCAGGAAAUGAUGAUGUGACAUCCGCUUGACCAUCAGUCAAUGCAUAGUGCUUUCAGGUUUCUCCCCGAAAUGGUCUUCAGGACCAUCAAAUCAAUAGUGCUUUUGGUUUUUAGUGUAGAAUAAGAUUGCAGCCUUACCGUAACGAGUGUUACAUUUUCGUUUUGUAUCACACAUCGCUGUACCAUUGCCCUCAUGCUCCCAGUAUUUUUAGUUUAGUUCAAUGUCUUCAUUUCCUCCCCUCCCUUCCUGUUGCAUUAAUGAAGUGGAUACAGUGACUCAGCGGACUGCUCGUGCGGUUUAGGACAGAUAACCGAAUGCAUCAGCCUAACCUUGCCCUGGCCAUUGGUUAUGUUCUUGAAAAUAAAGUUACUUCUGGGUAUCAGGUUUUUUCCCCCUUUUGUCUUCUAGUGGAUUUAACGAAUUUGGCCCUAAAGCCUUAUGCACCAGCAUCCUAAACUGUACUUCUAGGAAUGUCCUCCCGUGCCAGUGUCUGGUGACGUUGUGGUUACUCUUCCUGCCGGGGCAUACCACCACGGGGCUCUGCAAUCCUCGCCAGUUCCUCCACCGGAAGGGUGCAUCGGGGAAACAUGCCGUCAUCAGGACACCGGCUCCGUGAUGUCGACCACCACCCUCUCCUCACUGAAAAUGACAAUUAUGACUCUUCGUCGUCCUCUUCCUCCGAGGCGGACGUGGCAGACAGGGUCUGGUUCAUCCAUGACGGCUGCGGCAUGGUCUGUGCCAUCAUGACGUGGCUUCUGGUCGUCUACGCGGACUUUGUGGUGACGUUUGUCAUGCUGCUGCCUUCCAAAGACUUCUGGUACUCUGUGGUCAACGGAGUCAUUUUUAACUGCUUAGCGGUGCUUGCCCUGUCGUCUCACCUGAGAACCAUGCUCACCGACCCCGGGGCAGUACCCAAAGGAAACGCUACUAAAGAAUACAUGGAGAGUUUGCAGCUGAAGCCUGGAGAAGUGAUCUACAAGUGCCCAAAGUGCUGCUGUAUCAAACCCGAGCGCGCCCACCACUGCAGUAUUUGCAAAAGAUGUAUUCGGAAAAUGGAUCAUCACUGCCCAUGGGUGAACAAUUGUGUAGGAGAAAAGAAUCAGAGAUUUUUUGUGCUCUUCACUAUGUACAUAGCUCUGUCUUCAGUCCACGCUCUGAUUCUCUGUGGACUCCAGUUCAUUUCCUGUGUCCGAGGGCAGUGGACAGAAUGCAGUGAUUUUUCACCUCCGAUCACUGUAAUCCUGUUGAUCUUCCUGUGCCUUGAGGGUCUCCUGUUUUUCACUUUCACUGCAGUUAUGUUUGGCACACAAAUCCACUCAAUAUGCAACGAUGAAACGGAGAUUGAGAGACUGAAAAGUGAGAAGCCGACCUGGGAGCGGAGGCUACGAUGGGAAGGGAUGAAGUCUGUCUUUGGGGGGCCACCCUCACUCCUCUGGAUGAAUCCCUUCGUUGGCUUCCGAUUUAGGCGACUGCAAAUGAGACCCAGGAAAGGAGGCCCAGAGUUCUCCGUUUGAGGCCCCUCUUUUCAUGCUGGAACUUGUUAAUGGACUUUAUUUAUUUGGGGUCUGAAAGGGUAUCAACGGCUCAUCUGUGACCAAUAGGGCAAAUGGAACCUACACAAACCAGUUGCUUGCAGCAAGCAGAAUUUUAUAUAUUUACAGUCAUGGAUGGCCGAUUUUCCAAACCAGUAACUGGACGAUGCUCUCAUCAGUUUUCACCUGUGCAACUAACGAAAGGGAUGUGACCGCAAGAAAAAGCCAAAUGUCAUUAUCUUCCUGCACAGUUAGGACUUUUGUUAAGAAUACUUUGCAUUUUCUAAGAAGUUGUGUGAUUACAUGGGUUUUUAAAACCCUGUGUACUGAGCUGCUUUUUUCAAUCAUGAAGGAAAAAAAGUCAAUCCAGUGAACAAGAAUUCUCCGAGGAGUGGUUCCAGGGAGUUCCUGCUGACCCCGUGACUCAUUAGUGCACUCCCUUGACCCAGAAGGGGCGUUUACAUAGAAGUGCAUUUUGGUCUCCAUUCGCUCUGACACUUUGCACUGCAUUUGCAAAAGAUCUGUGCACUGAGCAGCGAAGGCGGCUUCAGGCACAUUCCCACUGCCCCGGGGGGGCCUUCUUUGACCCUGCAGCAAGUCUGUGCGUGUGUCUGUGUCUGUGUCUGUGUGUGUGCGCGCGCGUGCAUGUGUGUUUUAAAAUCGACAGUGUUGUGUAGGCGAUGUAACAUUUUAACAGCUGUGUGCAGCUAACAAGCUAUUUUUUAGAAACCGACGUUUCAGGGAAGCGGGGAGAGCUGCCCCGGGAUCCUCCUCCCGUGGGGUUCAUUAUGAAUGUAUUGCAAACUGGAGAAUAUCUUGAUCCAAAGAACAAUCAUUCCUGUGUGGUCCUUUGUUGCCCACCUGUUUUCAUUUUAUCUUAAAAAUCUUGAGUGCAUGAGGGCCUUGGGACAGAAUUUUUUUGUUCCAGCCAAAUUAGCAGUGUGUCAACGGCACCUCAGUGAGAGAAGAGCCAAGUCUGGUGGCCACCUUCACCUUGUGCAGCUUGGUGGGUGUGGAGAGACACAGGUGUUGGCCUCUGGGCAUCACUGAGAAGGUGAGGGGACCACAAGGCCACGAGCCCUGGGCUCUGUGUCCCUCCCUUGCAAAGAAUAUUCAGGAUGGAACAGCCAUUUUUUUUUUUUAAAUCAUUUUUGUUUCUCUACCGACAUCACCAGUGAUCAAAUAGGACCCUUGGUGCAGAGCUUAAAAUUAUGCCAGAAAGCAAACAGCUCCCCUCCUUGGGGACUCGCCUUAAACUUGCCUGGUCUGGACAUGUUUUGCAGAACUCACGGGGAAGCCAUCUGUGACAGUUCGAGGGUCUCCUUUAAGCCUGCCUCCCCCGCUGAGAAGAGUUGGUGUUUCCCUCCUGGUCUCCACGCUUUUCUGUUCAUCUGUGAACCGUUUUUGUUUUUGUUUUAAUUAAUCUGUACCCUAUCCUAAUCAGGGCUUCUACCACUGCUGAUGCAAAACCACAAAGGGACCUACUCGAGACAUAAUCGUAGCCAGUGAACAAAGCUGUAGGAUGUUUUAGAAAUGGACUGUCACUGCAGAAAUGUGUGAGCUGUUAAGGACAGACUGCGUCACAGUCAGGGAAGAGCCGCGUGGGCGAGCGAGGGGCGUUUCUGGAGACUUUUGCAUAUUCAUUUGCACAUCUGUUGUCUGGGUUGGACACGUGGAUGGGCUUCAGUGUGAGCCUUUUAAUAUGUAUAUCCUGUUUAUCAAUAAAAGAAAUGAUCAAAGUGGUUGAAUCCUGUGAGACUUGGCAAGUCUGUGCAAAUCAAGUAUACUUGACUUUUCAACCUCUUUCAAUGUAACUUUUAUAUGAAAUAAAGUCACUCGUUGACGAUUCUCAAACAACUUAC